GCUCCCGACUCUGCCCGGCCCGGGCCGCCGCGCAGCCCGGCUCCCGCUUAGCCCCGCCGCCGCCAGGCCUCUCGGCUCCCCCUGCUUCCGUCCUGCCGGGCAGGGCGCAGUAAGUGCCUGUUAGACAUCCUAGAACUUUAAAAACGGAACAAAACUGCUUUUAGGGGAUAAUGUUAAGGGACACUAUGAAAUCUUGGAAUGACAGCCAGUCAGAUCUCUGUAGCAGUGACCAAGAAGAGGAAGAAGAGAUGAUUUUUGGUGAAAAUGAAGAUGAUUUGGAAGAGAUGAUGGAUUUAAGUGAUCUGCCUACCUCACUUUUUGCCUGCAGUGUCCAUGAAGCAGUGUUUGAGGUGCAAGAGCAGAAGGAAAGGUUUGAAGCACUUUUCACCAUCUAUGAUGACCAAGUUACAUUUCAGUUGUUCAAAAGCUUUAGAAGAGUCAGAAUAAAUUUCAGCAAACCUGAAGCAGCAGCAAGAGCGCGAAUAGAACUCCACGAAACAGACUUCAACGGGAAGAAGCUGAAGCUGUAUUUCGCACAGGUGCAGAUGUCUGGUGAAGCCCGGGACAAGUCCUAUCUGCUGCCGCCCCAGCCUGCCAAACAGUUCCUCAUCUCCCCCCCAGCCUCGCCACCGGUGGGGUGGAAGCAGAGUGACGACGCAAUGCCUGUUAUAAAUUAUGAUUUACUCUGUGCUGUUUCCAAAUUGGGACCAGGAGAGAAAUACGAACUGCAUGCGGGAACCGAGUCGACACCUAGCGUGGUGGUUCAUGUCUGUGAGAGUGAAACCGAAGAGGAAGAAGAAACAAAAAACCCCAAACAGAAAAUUACUCAGACAAGGCGCCCUGCACCUCCGACCGCAGCGCAGAACGAGCCCCAGACCUUCGACUGUGCGCUGUGAGGCCCUGGGCCGUGGGGCGGGGCAGCUGCCCGCGUGGGCUUCAGCCACGGCGAUCUGCACCCCUGCUGCGGACACCUCGCGCUGCUGGUGGCGUGGGUGAGGCCGGGAGUGCGUGAGGCUCGGCUCCUUUCGCCGCACCUGUCCCGCAGACUGGGUGGUGUAGAGUAGCAGCACGUCACACCUGUUCAGAAUUUUAAGUGAUACUCUAAGUGGCACUUUAAAGGAUCAACCCCCAAGAUGUGGCAACUCUCGACCAUUUUUAAACAGUAGCAAAUUAGGAAAGUGGCUUCCCUUCCCCUGAGCAACGUUAGUUCCUGUGAUUCCAUAUAGCAUGGGCCACCAAAAACUGGAACUGUUGUCACCCACUGCAGUACCACUGUUAUGAAUUUAAAAAUAAUCUUACACUUUUAAUAAUCUAGUGUGGGUAUUUUUGUACUGGUAUAAUAGCUUCUACCUAGUAUAUUGAUCAAAGGUUAUUCAGCAUACAUGAAAUUUUUUGCACAAAAGGAAAUACAGAAUAAUUCAUAGGAAUCAUUUUUCUCAAGUAUUUGUUUCAUUACCUUUGGGGAAGAAAUGCCAAAUCCACUUUGAUGAUCAGAGUCAAAUGGCACAGAUCUGUGUGCAUGUUGUUCUCUUCCCCGUUACUCUCACUUGGAAAUUGGGGGAAAGUGACACACAGGCCACUGUUCCUAAUGCAGUGUCCCUCCAGACAUAGUCGCCCGGGAGGAGCUGCUACUUUGGAAUGGGACGCAUCACCAGUAAGCUUGACAGAUUUCAGAGGGCCACUGCGUUCUGCCAUUGUGACCACACGCUGGCCCGUAGACCACCAACUGUCUUCACUCCAGUUUUUAUCCUGUUACCUUUUCUAAUAUUGUGUCAACCACUAGCUGUUGAGUUUUUCUAUGCUGUACGUACAUUCGUGUGUGUCAUUCAUAGACUUUAGAUUAGAGAAGGUAAUGGUGGGAUCCUCUGAAGACCAUUUUUGAAUUGUCCAUUUAGACAUUUUUCAGCCUGCUUUGAAAGAAAAGUCACACAUACUGUUUUCUGUGAAUUAGGGAAUGAGGGGAGGAAUCCAUUUAGUUGUACUCAUUUUGAUGAAAUUUUUUACCCUGGCUUUUAUACUUUGCAGUUUUCCCCAAACAGAACUGUUUCUCACAUGUGUUUCCGAGUGUAUAUUUGAACCUUCUAAAAUAGAAGCAACAUUUUUUUAACUCUGUAGUUUCUUCGCACUUUGAAGUCCCUCUUAGAGAAGAACCUCCUAAGAAUGCUUUGCUGUGGGCGGGGGUGCUGGUCUCCGCUCCUUGACUCCCUGGCUUGUGCGAAGGGGUUGAAAAUAUGAGUAUGGACUAAUGAACCAGUGCGGCUGCCAUCACAAAGGAGGAAAACACAGACAUUCAAGUCAUGAUGUCUGUACAUUUUUGGUAACGUUAACUGCAGUUUAGUUCUUAUUAUGGUAAAAAUUUGUUUCUCAGCUCUUGAACUAUAUUAUGCAAAAAAAAAGUUUUCUGCGUUUUCCUUGCUCUCAAAUACUCUUGUGAUGGCCUCUCCCGUUUGUAUCUGUCUCCCACUGCUAAGCCUCAACGUAAAUUCAGUUGAAAUUUGCAAUUUCAUCAGUAAUUAAUUUAUUGAAUUCAGACCAUCAUUUAUCAGUUUGACAGCCGCUUAAUAAAUGUACUUUGUAGUUGUGAACUUAGCAUUUUACCCAUUUUUGAUUGCAGGAUAGACCCUAUAUUUCAGGAGACAUAUGUAUUGCCAACAGUUGGGAAUUUUUUGAAUUUCCUUUUAGAUAAUAUUUAUUCAUAAUUUUCUAAGUGAUCAAAACCCACGAUGUUUUGGUAUUUGACUUGGCUUUCAUUCUCUACCUGCCAAUUAAAGAAUGUUUCAUCCCUAUCAUGUAAAACAUUUUUUUAAUGUCAAACAGUACAAAUUACUCAAAUUACCCAAUGUUUUUCAAUUCUUUUUUUUUUCUUUAAGAGCAUUGAAGAAAACUUUAAACCAAAAUUUUAUAUAUGGGGGGGGAGGAGUCAUUUAAACUUUUCCCUGGGAAUCAAAUCAUGUAGAAAAUUUUAAGGAAAGGUAGUGGUGCUUUGUGUUAGGAAAAAACAUUUGCAAAGGAUAAGAAAACCAUAUCACUUAAUAAGGAUAGUUGACAGAACCUGCAAUACCUUGGCUCUUAUAGUCUAGAUUUUUCAACAUACCCACCUGAUGAAACCAGAGAUAAAUGCAUUUAAAAAGUGUCCUAGUGAGCAUCUACUGGGUUUAAGGUGCUCAGAGACAGAAAUGGGUAAGAACACUUCCCUUGCCUUGGAGAACUUAAAUCAGGUGGAAAGCAAACUAGUCUUUUCACAUUCUCCUUCAAAAUUUUAUACACAAAGACUUAUCAAUUAUUACGAGCCAAAUCAAAGCUACGAGGAACUUUUAAGUUCAACACAAAGGUUUAAAUAGAACAUUGUAGUCAUUUAUGGGAUGUUUGAAUUGAAGAGAUACCAGGAGAUACAGGUGAGGUGCGGUACUUUCAUUCUUUAAGAAUAUAGUCUUUAUUCACAUGACUUCCGUCUUCUAAAAUGUCAUAAAGUGAAAAGAUUGGUUUUCUUAGAAGCCCAGUUACAGAGCUGAAGAUGACUUUGGAAAUAAUAGAAUCUAAUCCUCAUGUUACACAGAUUAGAAAACUGAGGUUUAUAGGACGGACUUGGGAGCCCACGGCAAGGCAGCCCAGAAACUAGAAUUGGCAUCCCCAGCUCCUGGGCCAGUGCUUUUUCUACUCUUUGUUGCAUUGGACUCUUAAAGAGGCAGUGAGUACUAAUCCCUAUCAAAAGAGAAAAAAGAAAGGGAGGGGAUUCUUUUUCCCCUGAUGGGAUACAAUAAAUAAGCAAAAUCUUAUCUGAUAAGGGCAGUAAUUUAGUAAUUUUAAUGACUUUGAUGUUCCAUGUUGUGUGAUUUUGUUAUUAUUGAACCAUUGAGGUUGGCAUCUGCUUAAAUAAUUUUAUCUUGGUAGCCAGCAAUUAUGUUGGCAUUUUAUGUGGGCUUUCCUAGAUUUUCAUGUUAAUGAAAUUAAAUCAUUAAUAGUUAAUGCUUAAGAUAUAUCUCUAAUGAAGUAGAAUGAGAUGUAGUGUGAUUUGGAAAUGAAAGUUUGCAGUGGAAUGACACUCUGCUUAUAAAAUUGAGUUCUAUUCAAGAUUGAAGACUGACAUGUUUCAUAUUUUUAUGCAGACUCUUUUACAGACCGUAGAUUUAUUUUAAAAAGGAAAAUUUGAAACAUUAUUAAGCAAUGGAAAUUUGCUACAUUCUGUGGUGCGUCAGGUUCACUGUCCACUGGAGUCGUGGAGCUCAUAGCUGCCAUACAGGUGAACUUGGUCCUUCUUUCCUUCUUCCUCUCCGUGUUCCUUUUUUGCACAUUUGCAUUUAUACCUUCCUGUAGUAAAGAAAAAAAUGACGUAUAAUUAGUGUGACAAUAUAAAGCAACAAAAGACUUGGGGAAAUAGUUGCCUCCAGCUGGGGCAGUACGUGUUAUAGAAAGUCACUGUUUAAAAGUUAAAUAAAUGUAAAGAAUAAGAUUUAUGAACCUUACUCAACAAUUUGAUAAAUACUCAUUUGUUUUUUAAACUCCCCUGGGACUGUGGGUCAGCCGGAACAUCUCCAUCAGAAUGCCAUCGUUUUCUUUAAUCAUGAGUCAAGGGGAAAUAAUAAUUUGGAGAGUGGUGUUAUUACCAAAUGUACAAGCAGCAAGGUAACCUACAGCAACAGCACUGCCAGGUUCACUGACCAAGAUCAUAAAAUUGUCACAUUCAAAAUACAGUUUCUAGCCAAGGUUAAGGAGAACUAACCUUAGGUUGAGUCAAAGUGUCUCUACUCAUUUAAAUGAAAGUUUAAAGACCUUUUACUAUAGUAAGUUAGACGUGUGGUUUAUCUUGUAAACCAGCAUUUCCUUUUGCAACAGCAUCACAUCCUGUAAACUCUUGGAACCCCUGAGUAGCUUGGACUGAAUCUUCCUUCUUGUCAUGAUGAAAGAUUCGUAUCUAUGCAGAUAAUAUGUGUUUUUAUGUAUUGUUUUCUGUUUAGUCCCCAGUCUCCCUAACUCACGCUGGGGACUGAGGAGAGAGAAAGGCAGCUGCUCCUGUUACGGUGCCAUAUUCUCCCCGCUGCUUUUCACCCCAGAGUGAGCGUUGAUUGAUGUCUCCGCUCUCUCGCGCAGCCCCUCCAAGUCUGAGAAAACCUUCAUAAUCAUUUUACUUCGAUCUUUAUUGAACCCAGGAGUUGAAUUUAUUAUUUUACCUUAAUGUGUUCGUGAUCUUGUGUUAUAUUUUGGGACCUGUUAUUAAUACUUGUCUGGUACUUUAAGCUGUAGUGAAUACUCAUUGUACUUCAAAAACUGGUCGGUAAUUUAUGUACACGUAUUCCAUAUUUUAGUGUGCUUGAAGUGACAGUCCGUAGUUUGUAGUGAUUGUUAUUUCUCAACUUUGACUCUCCUGUGUUUUGAGAACAUUUAAACAUUCCUUGUCCUAUUAAGGUGACAAGAGCAGAAUGUAACCUUUUUUGAAAGUUUCGUGGUUAAUUGUAACAAGUUUUGUUUUUAAAACUAAUAAAAAUAAAGUUAGUGUUUUUUUAA